AUGAGCGUAUUAAUUAGUGGUGCUUCUGGAUACAUUGCCAAACAUAUCGUCAGAGUUCUUUUGGAACAAAAUUACAAAGUAAUUGGUACUGUUAGAAGUCAAGACAAAGCUGAUAAGUUAUUGAAACAAUAUAAUAAUCCUAAUUUGUCUUAUGAAAUUGUACCUGAAAUAGCAAACUUAGAUGCUUUUGAUGACAUUUUUAAGAAACAUGGUAAGGAAAUAAAAUAUGUCAUUCAUGCAGCUUCACCAGUGAACUUCGGCGCAAAAGAUUUGGAAAAAGAUUUAGUUAUUCCUGCCAUUAAUGGUACCAAGAAUAUGUUCGAAGCUAUUAAAAAGUAUGCCCCAGAUACUGUCGAACGUGUUGUAAUGACUGCUUCUUAUGCUUCAAUUAUGACCCCACAUAGACAAAAUGAUCCAACUUUAACUUUAGAUGAAGAAACUUGGAAUCCAGUAACUGAAGAAAAUGCUUAUGAAAAUGUCUUCACUGCUUAUUGUGCUUCAAAAACUUUUGCUGAAAAGGAAGCUUGGAAGUUCGUUAAAGAAAAUAGUGAUGCUGUUAAGUUUAAACUAACCACUAUCCACCCAUCCUUCGUUUUCGGACCUCAGAACUUUGAUGAAGACGUCACUAAGAAACUAAAUGAAACUUGUGAAAUUAUCAAUGGUUUAUUACAUGCUCCAUUUGACACCAAAGUCGAAAAGACUCACUUCAGUCAAUUCAUUGAUGUUCGUGAUGUCGCCAAAACUCACGUUUUGGGUUUCCAAAAAGAUGAAUUAAUCAACCAAAGAUUGUUAUUAUGUAACGGCGCCUUCUCUCAACAAGAUAUUGUUAAUGUAUUUAAUGAAGAUUUCCCAGAGUUAAAAGGCCAAUUCCCACCAGAAGAUAAGGACACCGAUUUAAACAAAGGUGUAACAGGUUGUAAAAUUGAUAAUGAAAAGACUAAAAAAUUAUUAGCAUUUGAAUUUACUCCUUUCCAUAAAACAAUUCAUGACACUGUCUAUCAAAUUUUACAUAAAGAAGGUAGAGUUUAA